UUGACCCUCGGCCCCACCGCCUCUCGCCCCCGAUGCCCACCUUGCCGUCCAGCCCGUCGCUGGUGUGGGGUGCUUGGAAACGCGACCCCCUUCUGCCCUUGCCGGCCCAAGGGUCGAUGUUUCCGGCGGCACCUGGGUCCGGUCAUCAGCCCUCUCUUCCGGGCCCGGAACUAUUAUACCAGAGCCCAAGUUUCCCAGCCGGCAGGUCGCAAGAGUUACCUCCGCACCAGAAAGGAAGAGGAGACCGGAACCGAACUCUUUUCCUGCCGAGAUGUCUAUUGGCGUGCCGAUUAAAGUCCUGCAUGAGGCUGAGGGUCACAUCGUGACAUGUGAGACGAACACUGGUGAGGUGUAUCGAGGGAAGCUCAUCGAAGCGGAGGACAACAUGAACUGCCAGAUGUCCAACAUCACAGUCACAUACAGAGAUGGCCGAGUGGCACAGCUGGAGCAGGUGUACAUCCGUGGCAGCAAGAUCCGCUUUCUGAUUUUGCCUGACAUGCUGAAAAACGCACCCAUGUUAAAGAGCAUGAAAAAUAAAAACCAAGGCUCGGGGGCCGGUCGGGGAAAGGCUGCUAUUCUGAAGGCCCAAGUGGCCGCAAGAGGGAGAGGACGUGGAAUGGGACGUGGCAACAUCUUCCAGAAACGAAGAUAAAUUUAUCUUGGACAGAACUUUGCCCUUAUUUUUUUCUUUUAGGUUAUCUGGGUCAGGGGUGCGUGCGUAUGUAUAUGUCCUAGGUUAUCUUUUGACAUCUUUUUCUUUAGAUCUGGGUAAAUGUUAAACUAAAUAAUUGUGGUGGGUUUUUCUCUUUUUGAGAAUAUAAGGACUGUGUGUUCA